AUGGAAAAAUUCUCAGUCCAGAUGAAGGACAAAAUCUAUAAAUCUCCCCACCUCAGAGUUUACAAUGGAGUUGGAAGAAAUGAAGGUAUCCGUGAGCCGCGCGGGAACUACUUCGUCUCCGGGGACGGGUGCGGACCACGUGCCAGUCUCGGCGGCGGCAGCGGCGGCGGCGGCGCGACGGGCGCCAGAGACUGGGACUCGUUUCCUUUCGGCGCCGCCGCCCGCUAUGCAGCCCGACGGCUCCCCCACGGCCCGGCGCGUCGCCCGCUCGCCCCGCCGCCCGGCGCCCCGCCAGCGCCCCGCACGGCCCGGGCCUGGGGGCUCCCCGACGGCCCGCCGGGCCGCACGUUCUCCCGGCGCCUCUCCCGAGCCUCCGCCCGCGGCUGCGGCCUCUCCGCGGCCCAGCGACCCGCCGACGCCCGUCGGAGCCUCAAGUCGGUCCGGGUCCCUCGCACCCCGCCGGCCCCCCUCAGAUCGGGAAGCUUCGCAGGCGCCCCUCAGAGCCUCAAGUCUGCCGGGGUCCCUCGUACCCCGCCGGCUCUCCUCAGGUCCAGAAGCUUCUCAGGCGCCCCUCAGAGCCUCCAGUCUGCCGGGGACCCUCAAACUCCGCCGUCUCCCCUCAGACCGGAAAACGUCUCAGGCGCCCCUCAGAACCCCAAGUGGGUCGGGGUCUCCCUCACCCCGUCGGCUCCCCUCAAGUCCAGAAGCUUCGCAGGCGCCCCUCAGAGUCUCCAGUCUGCCAGUGUCGCUCGCACCCCGCCGGCUCCCGUCAGAUCAGGAAGCUUCUCAGGUGCCCCUCAGAGCCUCAAGUCUGCCGGGGUCCUUCGCACCCCGCCGGCUCGCCCCCUCAGACCGGGAAACUUCGCCGGCGCCCCUCAGAACCCCAAGUGGGUCGGGGUCUCCCUCACCCCGUCGGCUCCCCUCAAAUCCAGAAGCUUCUCAGGCGACCCUCAGAACCCCAAGUCGGUUGGAGUCUCCCACACCCCGUCGGCUUCCCUCAGACCCAGAAGCUUCGCAGGCAACCCUCAGAAUCCCAAGUCCGUCGGGGUCUCCCACACCCGGUCGGCUCCCCUCAGAGCAGGAAGCUUCUCAGGAGACCCUCGGAGCCCCAAGUCCGUCGGGGUCUCUCAUCCCCCACCGGCUCCCCUCAGACGACGAAGCUUCUCGGGUGCCCCUCAGGACCCCAUUCCUGGCCUCGACCAUCCCACCCCGCCGAGAGCGCGCCUCAGACCGCGAAGCUUCGCCGGCAUCUCGCCGAUCCCGACGCCCCCCGCGCGUCCCCCCCCACCCCGCCAGCCCCCCUCAGGCCGCCCAGCAUCGCCGGCGCCACCCCUCAGAGCCCCAUUCCGGGCCGUGACCCCCCCACCCUGCCGAGAGCCCCCCUCAGGCCGCCCGGCGUCGCCGGCCUCUCGCCCGCCCCGGCGACGCCCACCCGCGUCCCCCCAACCCUGCCAGGCCCCCUCAGGGCGCCCAGCGUCGCCAGCAUCUCGCCCGCCCCGGCGACGCCCACCCGCGUCCCCCUCACGGCGCGACACAGCCACGCGGCCCCCUGCCGCCCCGCCGCCGCCCCCCCACGCCUCGCUGCCCUGCCCGGUCCCCCACACGCCGCGGGGUCGCCGCAGACCCCGUGGCAUCAGCGGCUCGCCCCGUGGCCCGACCCCCACGAGGCAGAGCCCCCACAAGCUCACCGCCUCCCCCCGAGACCCGCGGGCGGGCCCCACGGUCCACUUGCCCUGUGGUCAGAUAUCCCAGCUGCACCUCCCACAGUCCGCCCCCGCCCCCGCCCCCCACGCCCUCCACGCCCCCCGGCCGGACUGA